AUGAUCACUGGUCACUGCACACAAGCCACGAAAUCAAGAUGGGGAGCCUCGACACAAUCAUUGGGCGUCUUCAGACGCUGUAUGUGCACGCAGUAUUCGACGACAGCUCUAUCAGGGACUCUUGGGUCUGGAUAUUCAUGUUCCUCUGCACGCUCCUCGCCAUCAUAACCGGUCUUCGCCUCCUGGCAUCGCCACCAAAGAAACGCACAUGCAGCUGGACCACAAAUGAGGACGACACCCAUGAUGACCCCCAGCAAUCAUCCCCAUAUGCAUCAUCCGGCGUCACCGCCAACCCUGACAUCAUCGUCGUCGGCGGAGGGUUCGCCGGGAUAUGCGCCGCCAUCGCCGCCGCCGAGAAUGGCGCCUCGGUAGUUGUCCUCGACCGCGGGCACGGCGGCGGCACAUCUGCCAUCUCAGGCGGCGUAAUCUACGCCGGAGGGGGGACCAAGCAGCAGAAAGAGGCCGGGUACGGGGACGACACACCCGAGAACAUGUUCCGCUACCUACGACGAGAGGUCGGGGAUGCCCUGGACGAGCUGACGUUGAGGAGGUUCUGCGACCAGAGCGUCCCUCUGAUGGAGUGGCUAGAGCGCCACGGGGUCGUGUUCGAAGGGUCGUUGAGUCCCUUCCGAACCAGCUACCCUACCGACCGGUAUUACCUCUAUUUCUCCGGAAACGAGAAGGCCCAUCCUUUUGCCGACAUUGCGAAGCCGUCCCCUCGAGGGCACCGGCCGAAGGGCCAGGGGACAAGCGGCAUGGGAAUGACGGGCGGCGUAUUGUGGAAGGCCGUCUUCGACGCGGCCCUCCGCAUGGGGGUCAGGUUUGAGCCGGCCAGCAGGGUCGAGGAGCUCCUGGUCGACGGCGAGGGCAGGAUGAAGGGGGUGCGCUAUCGAGCCAUGGAUCCGGUUUCCGCCGCGACCGCCCUCGCCCGCCACGGGGAGCUCUGUCGGAAGGCUUCGGAGUACCACCAAAUCUCGGUGCGACUGCUCGCCGAGUGGUACGACCGCCGCGCAGAGGCCAUGUGGUCUCGAGAGGCCAAGGAGAGGACGCUGGAAUCGCGCGUCGUCAUCUUGGCGGCCGGCGGGUUCGUCAUGAACGAGGAGUGGACGCGCAGGUUCGUGCCCUGGGCAGACAGAGUGGCCAAGCUAGGAACCGUCGGCGACGACGGCAGCGGUAUCCGCCUCGGUCAAUCCCUCGGCGGGGCCGUCUCGCAUAUGGACCGCAUGUCGGCCUGGCGGUUGAUGUACCCCCCCGAAGCCCUCGUGGAAGGGAUCGUCGUCUCGGCGGGAGGAGAGCGCAUCGCGGCCGAAGACCAGUACGGGGCAACAUCGUGUGAAGUCAUGAUUGAACGAUUCGGCGGCCGGGGCUACCUCAUCUUGGACUCGGCGCAGUGGAGGAAGGUGAAAAGCCAGGUCGGCGAGCAGACUCGGAUGCCGUGGACGGCACUUAUCCGGUUUUUGAUCUACUGGGCUCACACGAAGGCAUCAUCUCUCGAGGGUCUUGCGAAGAAGCUGGACGUUGAUCCCGGGAGGAUGGGGGAGACGGUUGCAGCUUAUAACGACGCCAUUAGGUCUGGAAAGCCGGAUCCUGUUGGGAAGCGCGGAUGGAGGACGGUCAUUUCGGAGCCGCCAUUUUAUGGUAUCGACAUAUCCCUGAGACCAGACGGGUUGAUGAUGGUGCCGGCCUUUCCCCUGGGAGGUCUUAAGGUUGAUGGCGCCUCCGGUAUGGUGGUGGAUGAGAGCGGGGAGAAGAUUCGGGGUCUGUAUGCGGCGGGUAAAAACGCCGCCGGUUUGAGUUCCAACCGGUAUGUGUCUGGACUUGCUUUAGCGGACUGUCUUUUCUCGGGGAAAAGAGCCGGAGUUAAUGCUGCUGCUGCUGCUGCUGCUGCUGCUGCCUCUCUCGGGAGGUCAGGAGGCUCAUAGUUUUUAUCAGAAAUAAAGGAUGAAAGUACACACGUGUUAGGAUACCAAGUCUCAACGAUUUUCAUGACACUGACCAGG